AUGAGGUCAUUAGGAAGCGGGAUGGAGGCAUUCCAGGCUUUGGCGGUACCCAUCGUGUUGGCGACGGAAACCUCGGCAGAUAAUCGAGAGCCUUCGAGGGUGACGCAUCAGUGUCGAAAAAAAAAAACCCCGAGGAACCCAAAGGCGAUCCGGGCCACGCGCGCGGGCGCGGUGGUGGUCAUGAAGUCGCGGCAGGUGACGUUUACCGCCCUCCUCGCGGCGGCGACGAUCGCGUCGAUGUUGUCCGCUCGAUCCUCGACAGCGUCCCUCGUACCUGACAAUCAGGUAACAAAGAUGCUGGAAACCGUGAUAGAAGACGAUGGUUUUUUCAUUAGCAUCGAUCGAUUGGAACCCUCGCGAAAAUCGUUCCGUCGUCACAAGCCGAAGGAAUUUCUUCGAAUCGCGUUUCCCGGCUCCAAUUCUAGCUUAAUCAUGAGCAUGGACAGAAGAUUGCGGAGAGUUGUCGCCAUUACGGAGGAGCCAGAGGGUCGACGUCGGCAGCAUUUCACUGUGGAAAACGUUUCGGAGGAUUCAGUGCAUCAUCCUAUAAUUAUCCAGGUCACUCAUGAUCAUCCCAAUGCUCAUCUUCAUCUGUGGGUUGAUUGCAUCGAUCAGGGAAGGAUACAAACCCCACUUAGCAUUCGUGAGAUGUACCGUCGCAUGGACGACCCGAAAGUUCUCGUGUAUCGGAGGGUGAAAUCGAAAGUGAAAAUCCUGGAAGGGACCGACAGCAGAGCUGUUCUGAAGCAGCACAAUUGCCGAGUGCCGGAACCAUUGCCCAUGGACACGACGGGAGAAGGGUAUCAAGCCAUCCAAGCGGAUUCCAACGAGAUUUUCAAUUUCCGACGAGGCGACAUCCCCAUCUUGUCGAACGACAUCGAUAGCAAAGAUCUUCAACUUUUGGCGCGCCUCGGGGAAGAAUUGAUACUCGCCAUCAAAAAUCUGAUUCACGAAGUUCAAAAAGCGCGUGUCGACAUGGAAGGAGUUCGGGAAGCGGUGGAGAACUGCGAAGCGUGCAAACCCUCUCAAGGGUGUGGUGCGGUGUCGAAUCCGUGUUAUCCCGGGGUUCGAUGCUUCGACACGCCAAAUGGGUUCCGAUGCGGGCCUUGCCCUCGCGGGUACUCGGGCGACGGUCGAACGUGCCAACGCAUCGUCACCUGCGACGACAGACCGUGCUUCCCGAACGUACCUUGCUACGAAAGUGGCGCCGGCGACGGGUACCGCUGCGGAGCGUGUCCCACGGGCUACACAGGCAACGGGAAGACGUGCAAGCCCAGCACCAUCUGCGACACGUCACCCUGCUUCCCGGGCGUCGUGUGCACCAACGUGGACGCGACGCCGUUCUACCGCUGCGGCGCCUGUCCACGUGGCUACACCGGCAACGGCACCGUCUGUGUGGACAUCGACGAGUGCGAUCUGGGCAGACCGUGUGACCCUCGGGUCAGAUGCACAAACACGAUGCCCGGAUACAGAUGUGACCAGUGCCCCACGGGUUUCACAGGCAGUCCAGGAAUCCAGGGCAUUGGGCUGGAAUUCGCAGAGACCCGGCGUCAAAUCUGCUACGACAUCAAUGAAUGCGAGACCAACAACGGCGGAUGUGUAACCAACUCGCAGUGCAUCAAUUCGGAAGGAUCCUUCUACUGCGGAGAGUGCAUCGAGGGGUUCAUUGGGAAUCAAACUGUGGGCUGUGGAGAGAGCCCGGGUCGCUGCCCCGAUGGCACCAUGUGCGACGGAAAUGCCGAAUGCUUCUUGCCUCCGAGUCGUCGGACCUACAUCUGCAAGUGUCGCAUUGGAUGGGCUGGCGAUGGGAAAACUUGUGGCCCAGACACAGACUUGGACGGUUGGCCGGAUUUCGACCUCGGAUGUCCGGACAGGAGGUGUCGGAAGGCGAGUAAAAGCCCCAUUCAAUUCCGCUGCUGGGGCGACAAUUGUGUGUACACCCCAAACUCGGGACAGGAAGACGCCGACAAGGAUGGCCUUGGGGACGCUUGCGAUAAUGACGCCGAUAAUGAUUUCAUCCCAAAUACUCCAGACAAUUGCCCUCUGGUGGCGAAUCCGGAGCAAGAGGACACGGAACAGCAGGGAACCGGAGACCGGAUGGGAGAUGCGUGUGACAACUGCCCGAUGGUGCCGAACAUAGAUCAAGAGGACACCGACAAGGACGGGAUCGGUGAUGCCUGCGACCCGGACAUCGAUAACGAUGGUAUUCCGAAUGAAGUGGACAACUGCGUCAAAGUGCCGAAUUCAGAUCAGCUGGACUCGGAUCGGGAUGGGCUCGGGGACAAGUGCGACAACUGCCCCUUGGUCGUCAAUCUCGACCAAAUUGACAUCGACAAAGAUUUAGUCGGUGACGCUUGCGACGAUAACAUCGAUUCCGACCGCGACGGAGUCCAAGACAGUAUCGAUAAUUGCCCAGCGGUCGCAAAUGCGGACCAACACGACGCAGACGCCGAUGGCCUUGGUGACAUUUGUGAUACCGACGCCGACAAUGACGGUAUAGAAAAUGCAGAGGAUAACUGUUACCUCGUGCCGAAUCCGGACCAAGCUGACAUCGACGGAAACGGAAUUGGGGAUGAGUGCCAGGAUGAUUUUGAUAAAGAUGCCGUCCCGGAUUUCAUCGACAAUUGCCCGAACAACUCGAAGAUUUACGCGACGGAUUUCCGGACAUAUCAAACUGUGGUGCUCGACCCCGAGGGUGACUCGCAGAUUGAUCCUAAUUGGGUUAUUUACAAUCAAGGAGCUGAGAUAGUACAGACGAUGAACUCCGAUCCUGGACUAGCCGUUGGCUUCCAUCGCUUUGGGGGAGUUGACUUCGAAGGAACAUUUUUCGUGGACACCGAGAUUGAUGACGAUUACGUUGGAUUCAUUUUCAGCUACCAGGAUAAUUCUCAUUUUUACUGCGUGAUGUGGAAAAAGAACACGCAAACAUAUUGGCAAGCGACACCAUUCCGAGCUGUAGCCGAGCCUGGAAUUCAGCUGAAACUCGUUCAAUCGAUUACUGGACCAGGGCAAAUGCUUAGGAAUUCUUUAUGGCACACAGGUGACACGGACAACCAGGUGAAGCUUCUAUGGAAAGAUCCCCGAAACGUCGGAUGGAAAGAAAAAGUUGCGUAUCGCUGGCUUCUGUUGCAUCGACCGAAAAUCGGCUUGAUCCGUUUGAGAAUUUUCGAAGGCGAGAACAUGGUAGCUGAUUCCGGGAACAUAUUCGAUUCUACCUUAAAAGGAGGUCGCCUUGGAGUAUUCUGCUUUUCGCAGGAGAUGAUCAUUUGGUCUGAUCUCGUCUAUCGCUGCAACGAGGUCUACAUCGAUCGCAGCAAGCCACCGCAGCCUACUACCUGA